CACAUAUAAGGUCGUUACUAUGGAAAUGGUGAUUUGAUACAUAACAUUUUACAAAUAAAUGUUCUAAUUAUUUUUUAUUGAAGAAUAAAAAUGCAAUUGAAAUUUUUACAAACAAUUUUAGAAGCACAGGAUACAGACUUCAAAAUAGCUAGCCUGUGUUGGUCCCCGAACAACCAAAAACUAGCCGUAGCCACUUGCGACAGGCAGAUUCUGCUUUUCGAUGAAAAAGGCGAAAAAAAGGACAAAUUUUCUACAAAACCGUAUGAUCCAGAAGCCGGAAAAAAGUCGUACAUAAUCACCGGGAUUGCCUUUAGCCCUGAUUCCACGAAAAUCGCUGUGGCUCAAAGCGAUUGCAUCGUUUACGUAUAUAAAAUAGGCGAAAAGUGGGGUGAAAAAAAGGCAAUUUGCAACAAAUUUCCUCAACCUUCUCCAGUCACCUGCAUCAUUUGGUUGCUCUCAGGCCCCAUAAUAUGCGGUUUGGUUGACGGCAAAGUCAGAGCCUUACAAAUUAAGUCGAACAAAUCUCAGAGCCUUUUUGCCUCUGAUAGCCUUGUAGUUGCUUUGGCGUCCAAUCCUAAAGGUACCGGAUUUUUAUCAGGGCACGUUGAUGGAAAUGUCAUUAGGUUUUACAUAACGAGCGAUCACGGUGAAGACGAAGCCCAAGGUAGAAUAGCUUUACACUCGGUGCCCCCAUAUGCUCUAGCUUGGCCCCAAGGCCACAUUUUUGUAGCAGGGUGUGACAAAAGGGUGUCUGUAUUUAACAACCAUGGAAAAUUGGUAAAGAAUUUCGAUUACAGCAAAGACCAGAAGGAGUUCGAUUUUACGAUGGCUAUUAGCAGUCCUAGUGGGCAGGCUGUGGCUAUAGGCUCUUUUAGCAGACUUAGACUUUACAAUUGGAAUACCAGAAAGUCGGUUUGGGAAGAAACACCUCCAAAAGAGUUGACUAAUUUUUAUACAAUUACAGCCUUGGCGUGGAAACGCGAUGGGUCAAAAGUUGCUUGUGGAGGCCUUUGUGGAGCCGUUUUCUUGUUUGAAUCGGUACUCAAAAGAACAGUCUGGAAGGACAAAUUCGAAAUAACUUACGUAGGUCCCAGUCAAGUACUUGUAAAACCAUUAGACGUCAAUGAGAGAGGAGUCAUUUUGAGAUCCCAAUACGGAGGCGAGAUAGAAGACGUUAAAAUAAUGGGGAAGGACAAUUAUUUGGUGGCGAGAACAGAAGAAACCCUUCUGGUAGCAGAUUUGAUUAGAAAUCUUUUGAGCGAGGUUCCUUGGAACAAUUCCGGUCAUCAUGAAAAAUUCUACUUUGAAAAUGCCAACGUGUGCCUGGUGUUCAAUGCUGGAGAACUUACACUGAUAGAAUACGGAGAGAAUGACGUUUUGUGUUCAGUGAGAACGGAAUUCGCCAAUCCGCAUCUAAUCAGCGUGAGACUGAACGAAAGAAACCAAACGACAGAUAACAAAAAAUUGGUUUAUCUGCUAGAUCUGAAGACGAUCUGUAUCGUAGAUUUGGUGAACGGGUAUAUGAUAUGUCAAAUUGGACAUGAUUCGAAAAUCGACUGGUUGGAACUGAACGAAAUCGGUACUAAGCUGUUGUUCAGGGACAAAAAGCAAAGACUAGUUUUAUUCGACGUUACUACCCAACUCAAGCAGACCAUCUUCACGGGCGUCAGUUUCGUACAAUGGGUGGAAAGCAGUGAUGUAGCAAUCGCUCAAGCUGGCACCACUUUGGCUAUUUGGUACAACAUCGAUUUACCAGAAAAUCCUACCCUUAUGAAUGUGAAAGGGGACGUGGUGGACGUUAUCCGAACUAACGGAAAAACCGAAGCCAUUUGUGUCGAUGGAAAUAACACUUUUAAUUUGGAAUUGGACGAGGGAUUAGUAGAAUUCGGUACAGCCCUGAACGACAACGACUACAACAGGGCCGUACUCUUCCUGGAAAGCAUGAACAACACAUCGGAAGCAGAAGCAAUGUGGCACACCUUAUACCUAAUAGCGAUGAAGCAACAAAACUUAUCCUUGGCCGAACGUUGCAGCACCGCACUGAAGGAAGUUGCCACUGCCCAUUUCUUGCACGAAACGUUACAAGAGGCUCAAAAGUUCGAAGAGAAGUACAACGAAAAUCCUAAUAAUUCUCCCGGAGUGUGGGCCAGGUUGUCGAUUUUAGUAGGAGAUUUGAAUACUGCUGAGAAUAUCUAUCUGGAGCAGGGAAAUAUCGAGAAGGCUUUGGAGAUGUAUAAGAGGUUGCAUAAGUGGGACGAGGCAAUCAGGUUAGCGGAUCAACGAAACUAUGAGCACUUAAAAGAACUCAAAGCCGAGCACAUGUCGCUGUUAAUGCAAAGCGGUCAAUACGAAAAAGUCGGACAAGUUUUGGAAAACGAAGGAAAGUACGAAGAGGCAUUGAACAUGUACAUGAAAGCCAACAAAUUGCUGAGAAUACCGAACCUUUUGAACAAACAACCUCAGCUGUUGAACGAUCACGGCGCCAUAGCGGGAGUGUUGAAAAAUUUGAUCAAUCAGGAAUUGUACGAACCUGCUGCGGACAUUUACGAAAAAUUGGAAAAGUCCGAUUUGGCCAUGGAGUGUUACAGAAAAGGAAAAGUUUGGAAUAAAGCGGUAGAUCUAGCAAGGACGGUGAGUCCUGAUAAAGUUGUCCAAUUGGAAGAAGAAUGGGGCGACAGUCUAGUAGAAACCAAACAGAUGGACGCAGCUAUUAGUCACUACAUCGAAGCUGGUUGCACUUUAAAAGCUCUAAACGCAGCCGUAGCUGCCAGACAAUGGAAGAAGGCCGUUCAUAUUAUAAAAGUUAUUGACGAUGCCGAUACUGUUAGGAAAUAUUACGAGAUCAUCGCUGGACAUUUCGCUAGCGUCAAGGAAUAUUCGACAGCAGAAAAAUUAUACUCAGCUUGUGGUAUGUACAAAGAAGCCGUGGACAUGUACAACGAAGCCGGUCAGUGGGAGAAAGCUCACGCUAUAGCUUCGAAAUAUUUAGACAACGAAGAAGUGUCCGAUAUGUAUCUGAAGCAUGCCGAAGUCUUGGAAGAAGCUGGAAAGUAUCGCGAAGCUGAAAAACUUUAUUUACAAGUCGAUUCACCCGAUCUGGCCAUCGCCAUGUACAAGAGAGUGGAACAGUACGAUAAUAUGGUGAGACUGGUCGAAAAGUACCAUCCUAAUCUUCUAGAAACGACUCAUUUGCAUCUCGGUCAACAACUCGAAAGCCAGGGGAAGUACAGAGCGGCCGAAAUUCAUUAUUUGGCUAUAAACGAGUGGAAAGCGGCAAUGAAUAUGUAUAGGAACUUGGGAAUGUGGGAGGAAGCCUACAGGGUGGCGAAACAAAAUGGCGGGGCCAAUGCGGCCAAUCAAGUAGCUUUCCUAUGGGCCAGAACACUGCACAUCGAUUCAGCCAUCAAAUUGUUGAAUAAAUACGGAAUUCUGGAGCAGAGCAUUAACUACGCUUGCGAAACUUACCAGUUCGAUUUUGCAUUUCAACUGUGCAAGAAUCUUCAGAGCAAGGUGAAUGAGGUCCAUUUAAAAUACGCCAUGGCCCUGGAAGACGACGGAAAAUACGCAGAAGCCGAAUCGGAAUUCAUCCAAGCCAAUAAACCCAAAGAAGCCAUCCUGAUGUACGUGCACGCUCAGAACUGGAUCAACGCGCUCAGAAUAGCGGAAAAACACGAACCCGAAUCCGUUCCAGAGGUCCUACAAGCUCAAGCGGCACAGUGUUUUAAGGACAAGCAAUAUUCCGAGUUCGAGGUGUUACUGCUCAGAGCUCAGGCACCAGAGUUAAUAGUUCAGAAAUAUAAAAGCGAAGAAAUGUGGAUCGACGCUCUACGCGUUUGCAAAGACUACUUACCGCACCUCUAUCCGUCUCUCCAAUCUGAGUACAGCAGCUCUCACCACAACCAAAUGACAGACGUCAACAUUGAAACGCUUCUGUCGAGGGCCAACGAAUGGGCCUUGGCGGGACAGCACAAGCAAGCCGUGGAUUGUCUUUUACAAGUGAACACCAGCAUUACGGAGCCGUCUAUCGUCAAAAGAGCCCUGUUGAGAGCGGCCGAUAUGGUCAAUAAGUUUCUGUUUGGAGAUGAAGCUUUGGAGGUUAUCAAGGUGUUGGGACCGAGGUUGAUUGAAAUCGGUGAACACAAUGUCGCAGCCCAACUGUACGUCAGCAUGGAAAUGAUGAAAGAGGCAAUUGAUGCUUUCAUCAUAGCCGAAGAAUGGAACAAAGCCAGAAAAGUAGCUAAAGAACUGGAUCCGGCGUUUGAGAGCUACGUCGAAACCAAAUACAAGGAUAGACUCUUGAAGAAGGGGGACGUCGAACAACUUGCUGACGUUGAUAUAAUAGGGGCGUUAGACCUCUUAGCGGAACAAGGCCAAUGGAGUAGAUGCAUAGAAAAGGCAAAAUCUCACAGCACGCCCAUUUUGCACAAGUACGUUGCUCUCUACGCUGCUAAAUUGCUGAAGGAUCGUUUCGUCACUGAAGCUUUGAAUUUGUAUUACACAUAUGGCGCACCAUCGAUGCCGCAGAAUUUCAAUAUUUACAAUCACAUAGCGACUGAAAUGUUCGGAGCCAACGAUUUAUCAGAACCGGAAACUUACGGUGUUUGGGAACAGCUUCGACAAGUUUUGUUGGAAAUAAACGGCGGUGUAGAGGUGGCUGUUAACGUAAACGCUGACACUAAAGUCCAUUUUAGAAAAUUGCUGCUGGUAGCUCAUUAUUACGCGCUCAGAGCGGCUUGUAGACAAGUUCCAUCGCUGAAAUCUAUCGGCGUUAAGAUUAGUACUGCGCUUUUGAGAUACACAGACGUCAUACCAGCUGAUAAAGCUUAUUAUGAAGCAGGUAAAGAUUUGAAGGACGAAGGACGUCUUUCGGAAGCGUUCGUCUUUCUAAAUCACUAUUUGGAUCUCUGCGAAGCCAUAGAAGAGGAAGAAGGUCAACUGGUAGACCAUUCCGAUUUACUACAAACGGAUUUCCCAUCAAACAUUCCUUUGCCACAUCAACUGUACCUAACCGAAGACCAAAAGGAACACGACAACAUUAAAGAAUGGGUGCUGGCUAUCAGCAUGGACCAGAAAAUAGAUCAGACGCUGCCGCUCGACGAUAGGCAGUUGUUCGAAUCUGCUUUGCAGCCAGGAGAAUCGCCAUGUUUGGUAACUGGUUAUCCAGUCAGAAAGCAACCGGUGCAUUUCGGUAAAUCGACUAUGCAGGCCAAUAAAGAUGCUUGGAACAAGUUGAAUAUGGGUGCAAAGAUGUCGCCCGAUUCCAACGUUGCCAGUGCUAUUUCGUUUAUCGUGAAGUGGUGCGGACCACCGAAUUAAGUUUAUGGAAAUUGUAAUGUAGCUUGUUGAUGUGUUUAAUUAAUAAAGAAUUUGAAGUUUUA